AUGUCAUUUAUAACCGUUAAAUUUGGUGGUAAGCUAUCAAUCUAAAUGAGUGUUUGAUCUAGAGGGUUUUUUUUCCAAGCUGAGUUACUGGUGAAGGCGCUUGCUAUGUCGUACUUAACUACUUGUUUCUGAUCGGUUCUGGCAGAUAAUGAAGAAGAGUUGUUUAAUCCGAAUUGUGUUACCGUCAAUUUACUGGAUAACCUGAGAAGAAGAUGCGGUUGUCAAAAAGGAAGUAGGAGAACCAAUUACAUUUUUCUUUGAGUUAGGUUUCCUUGUUCUCAAGAAAUGUAAAGCUAGUUAAUCGUGUCGCAUACAAACACAAUGACUACCGCUUCACCUUGCAACUUACCAACAGAAAUCCAAACAUACGUUAUCAGAGGAGCAAUUGGAGAAUAAUGAUUUAUUAUCUGGAGACUCUUGAUUAACAGAGAUUUGCGUAAGCGGCAAAGACAUGCAAAUACUUAUUCUUCGAUAACGGAAAAACUAAGCAGAUUUGCAGGAAUUAACAUUAACCAUCAAAAAAAAAACAGCACAAACGGAGUCAGACUACACGUUUACAUCGUAAAUCCGGAACUCAGAAGUAGCUUUCGUAUAAAGAAUUUCUUGUCAACUUGUUUUUACUCUCAGCAAGAACGUAAAAUUGACUAAUUUUCAACGUUCGCAGGAAAUUGGCUAUUGUGUUCAUUCUUGAAGUCUUUGCCGACUGCGGAAGCCUUUCCUUUGGUGUUUGUAAUCAGUUGUGUAAUUUUUUUACGCAGGCUAAUCCCAAACUUGAAAGUUCAAACUGACUCUAUGUUGUGAUAUUUUUGUUUGAUGUCUUAUGUUCAUUCACUCAACUCUGUGAAGUCUUCCCCCUAUCUUCAUUAUGAUUUUCUAGAAAAUGGUGUCACUGAGACGUCUAGUUUUUAAUUAAACAUUUGUCACCAUCUGGAAAAAAAUUUUAUCGCAUCGCUCAGACAGCUGUGACCUGAAAUUGUCGAUGAGACAUGAGCGACGUUUUUGCACAUAAGCAUGAGUUGAGUGAAAUGUGAUGGUCUUCACUCAAAAAUUCCUCGUAGAAAUUGUACAGAUUUAUCUUAAACUUUUCAUUACUGCGAUCAAAGCGAGAAUCGGUUUUACUCGAUGUCGGUCAAAAUCCCAAAAGAUUGUUCGUAAGACGUUACCGCCUUUACUUUCCUUACACACUUUACGAAGAUAAUUAGUCAACUCAGUUUAUACGAUCUAAACUAAAUGCAAGCUCGUUGACAUAAUUGUUUUAUCAAGCAAGAAUUCCAAAGAAUGAUUUUCGUGUUUUGAAACAAAUAGACCGAGUUGCUAGGCGACCGAGUGGCUUACACAUAUCUGAUUGUUCUUUUCACAAGACCGCCCGUUUUGUGAAUCAUUGGUUUGAAAUUGUGGGAUAAGACAAAGAGGAUUCAUAAAGGAGCAAUCUGUAGGGUUGUGAAGAAAGAUGCUUUCAUUUAAAAUUUAUAAGUAACCAUACAAUAGUUCGUUCAUAACAAAUCCUCCCUUAAGAGAGGGUGGUAUUCUUUAUAAACUUCACAAACAGUUCAUUCUUUCAUCUUGACCCUUUGGCAGUAACGGUGGACUUGUCCGAUGAAGAUGGUGAAAUAAAAAAUCUAAACGAAUUCCCAACUCAGUACGCUCACAGAUUCCUGAAAGGAAGGGAAGUGUUUGUUCUCAUCAAAGUUGAAAGUAAGUUGUGAGACUGACCCGUAUAACCAAAAACCUAAAAAGAGAUCGGAGUGACGUAUUGGAGAGCAAGAAAAUGGUAUGAGCUUCCGCGGGAUCUCGAACCACGAGGUUCAAAACCCUGAUGUGCUUGAGAUCCUGGAUGUUUGAGAUACUAGGGGCUUUCAAAUACCGGUUGAUUGAGAUACCGGGUUAUAAUUAAGGAUAGGGUGGGGUGAGGAGGGGGGGCACAAUGACACAAGUCCACUGAAAAGGGAAUGAACCAUAGUCGAGAUAACGUGGAGUUCAUAAGUUUGGAUAUUGACGUAAAGGGAAUUCCAUUUAUAAUAAGAUAAGCUGCUUAUUUCAGGUAAAAUUUAUUCAUACAAAUAAUAAUCCUGUUUUGCUUACUUUUUGGUUGUUUUCUUUUAUCUUUUGUUUUGUUUUGUUUUGUUUCGUGUAUAUACUUUCUACAGAAGGCCAAGGUGAUCAGCCUACGACGUACACAGCACUGUUGAAUGAUCUGGAAAGAUCAAACCCUAAACUUCUUGGUGGGUAAACUGAGUUAACUGAACAAGUGCCCUGGUCGAAACUAAGGUCCCCACUUGUUUUGUUCUUGGGAUCUUUCUCCCUUGGAGUAUAAUAGAACUGUGGGUUAAAGUCGCCAAAGGGAGGUGUUGGCGAGUCUUCAGAAAAUCAGUACUGAGGAAGCCUGAUCAGCGAAAAGAUCAUUAGAUAGUUUUUCGUGUUUUUUAUGAUAGAAUGAAAGAACGCAAACCAAUCUCUGGUCUUGAGCUGGCUUUUUUCCGAUGGCUUUGCUUCCUUUCGACGGAAGUAACCGGAGGACAGAUAUCCACGCAGACGGGUGUUAUUGCUUGCAACCACUCGACAUAAAGUAGCCCAUUUAAUCGCAUGAAGAUUAAUGGUUGAGUUAUAAUGUUAAAUGGCUGCCCUCUCCACAGCUCGCUUAGAGACGUUAUCGAAGUCCUGUACUGAUUCCAAACCUAAAUCUGGACAAAGGAAGGAGUCGCUCUGGAACAAUGUUGCAAAAAUACGAAAGCUUCGCGGUGGUAUGCCAAGUGCAGGACGCAACCGAUCAGAAUCCAAUACUAACUCUAGAGGGGAAAAUAAAACUCUUGGCCCCACUCCUUCCCCACCUGGGAAAUUGCGUCAAAGGAAAGUUUCCAAAACUUGA